GUAGGUUAGUGGUGCGACGUUCAGCGGCAAGCCAGGCGGAAAGUAGGUCAGGUAUAGGGGUUGCUGGUGCCGGCCGUCGUUUGCUUGGGCUACGCCGGCGAGUCGCUGCGAGAGGAGGCCACGGACGAGACCCCCCCCCCCUUCUCCUUCUAAGCACGCACAGAGGCACCUUGAAAGUGUUGACAAGCAAGACUGGAGGAAAUGAAAGGACAGUUAAGGUAACUGGGUUGCUUUGCCGUCGGCAACGGUAGAACAGCACAUCUUUGCAAAGUGAUUCUAGGAUUAAAGAGAUCAAGUUUACAGGCAAUCCAAUGGCUGACCAAAGGAUGGACAUUUCCUCUACGAUCAGUGAUUUUAUGUCACCUGGUCCCACUGAUUUGAUCUCUAGUUCUCUUAACUCUUCAGGAAUGGAUUGUAACAGGAAAAGAAAAGGAAGUUCUACUGAUUACCAGCUCGAUGGGUUUUCUUUUGACGAAGGCAUGGAUACAGAUAAGGAUGAUCAACAUGGAAGAUUGGAAUAUACAGACCAACAGGGCAGAAUAAAAAAUGCAAGAGAGGCUCACAGUCAGAUUGAAAAACGGCGACGUGAUAAGAUGAACAGCUUUAUUGAUGAAUUGGCUUCUUUAGUGCCAACAUGCAACGCUAUGUCCAGAAAACUAGAUAAACUUACUGUUCUGAGAAUGGCGGUUCAGCACAUGAAGACUUUACGAGGUGCUACAAAUCCAUACACUGAGGCAAACUACAAACCUACUUUUCUCUCAGAUGAUGAAUUAAAGCAUCUAAUUCUUAGGGCAGCAGAUGGCUUUCUCUUCGUUGUGGGUUGUGACAGAGGGAAGAUACUCUUUGUUUCAGAAUCGGUCUUUAAAAUCCUCAAUUAUAGUCAGAAUGAUCUGAUUGGCCAAAGCCUGUUUGAUUAUCUGCAUCCUAAAGAUAUUGCCAAAGUUAAGGAACAACUCUCUUCUUCAGAUACUGCCCCACGGGAAAGGCUCAUAGAUGCAAAAACUGGACUUCCAGUCAAAACAGAUAUUACCCCUGGGCCAUCACGACUCUGUUCUGGAGCAAGACGAUCAUUCUUUUGUAGGAUGAAAUGCAACAGACCCUCAGUGAAAGUAGAAGACAAAGACUUUCCUUCCACCUGUUCUAAAAAGAAAGCAGAUCGCAAAAGCUUUUGUACUAUUCACAGCACAGGAUAUUUAAAAAGCUGGCCACCAACAAAAAUGGGACUAGAUGAAGACAACGAGCCUGAUAAUGAAGGCUGUAACUUAAGUUGUCUUGUUGCAAUUGGACGUUUGCAUCCUCACGUAGUUCCUCAACCAUUAAAUGGAGAAAUCAGGGUUAAACCAACAGAAUAUGUUUCUCGACAUGCAAUUGAUGGCAAAUUUGUAUUUGUAGAUCAGAGGGCAACUGCAAUUUUGGCAUAUUUACCACAGGAGCUUCUAGGCACAUCAUGUUAUGAAUAUUUUCAUCAAGAUGAUAUAGGACAUCUUGCAGAAUGUCAUCGACAAGUUUUACAGUCAAGAGAGAAAAUCAGUACUAACUGUUACAAGUUUAAAGUCAAAGAUGGAUCUUUUAUUACACUGAGGAGUUGUUGGUUCAGUUUCAUGAACCCUUGGACCAAAGAAGUAGAAUAUAUUGUCUCAACAAACACAGUGGUUUCUGCUAAUAUGCUUGAUGGUGGAGAUACGUCUUUUCCACAGCUAGCAGCUUCACCUCACAGCAUGGAUAGUGUACUCCAAGCAGGAGAAGGUGGUCCAAAAAGGGCCCUUCCCACAGUUCCCGGUAUUCCAGGUGGAACGAGAGCCGGUGCUGGUAAAAUUGGAAGGAUGAUUGCUGAAGAAAUAAUGGAGAUCCAUAGGAUACGAGGGUCUUCCCCUUCAAGUUGUGGCUCUAGCCCAUUGAACAUGACCAGCACACCUCCCCCUGAUACUUCAUCACCAGGAGUCAAAAAGAUUUUGAAUGGUGGAACACAAGACAUUCCUCCUGCCAGUAUAUUGCCUGGCCAGAUACAAGACAAUCCAGUAUAUCCAUAUUCUGACAACAACUCCAUUCUUGGGGAAAACUCACAUAUAGGAAUUGAUAUGAUAGACAAUGACCAAGGAUCCAGCAGCCCCAGCAAUGAUGAGGCAGCCAUGGCAGUUAUCAUGAGCCUUUUGGAAGCAGACGCAGGGCUUGGGGGCCCAGUUGAUUUUAGUGACUUACCAUGGCCCUUAUAGAUGCUGCUCAUGAGCUUUGACAACAGAAUAUAUCAAAGUGCAUUAUUGGUGGAGUUCUCCGAUCUGUGAAGCUUGCUGAAUUGCUUUGGUGUUUUAAUUUGAUAAGCCAUAUCAGAGAACAGUCAUACUUCUCCCGUGUGUACUUUCUGACCAAGUGGAGAUGAAUUUGCAAUGGUGUUCCUAUCAUUUUUGUUAGCUGUGUAUAGCUUGCAUUAAUUGUAUAUUUUGGGUAUUGUUUUUGUGUUGACUUUUUUUUUAAAAAAAAUCACUGUGCAAAUUAAGCACUAGCAUCACUGGUAGCUUUUAUAUGCAAAUGUCAUUUCAGCUAUAUGGUGUUUUUACACUACAGAGAAAGUCCCUAUGUGGAUAAGGAAUAUUUCUUAUACUAAUAUAUCAAAGCUGUUUCUUGUAAGAUCCUUUACUAUAAAUAUUGUUGAAGUGUAAUGUAUUAGACAGUUAAAUAUUUUUAAAAUAAAAUGUUUUCUUUGUUCUAAAUUGGAGUUACUUUGUAAAGUAGGUUUCUAGAUAAUUUAUUAUAUUAAAAAUAGCAAACUUCAGCUGUUUUAUGCAACUUGGUUGACUUAAUAAGCCAAAUCCAGGAUGAAUAUAGUUUGACUAUUUGCAAUAUAACCUAUACAACUGCAAUUUGGGUGGGUAUAUUGUAUUUGAUCCAUAGAUUUGUAACACCAUAGGGAUACUUGAAAUACUUGAAUUGGGUAAACUUUAAAAAAGGGAAAUUUUCUUCCUUCCUUCCUUCCCUCCUUCAAUCCAAUAUAGGCAAGAGCUUGGACCUUGUCUUGCUUGCUUUACUCCUCUUUCUUUCUACAUCUGGCAAAAUAAGAGAGUGAGAAUAAGUCACAGAACAAUGACGCUUAAGUGUAGUGGUAUUUGGAAGAUGGAUUGCUCCUUGAACCAAGUAGGUCUCAUCCUAGAAGAUAAACUGUCCUACUAAAAACCAACAGGAUGCCUGAGGCAUACAUCAAACAUAUUAUUUUGGAGUGGACCCAUACCGAAACACAGCAUAGUUAAUAUUCAAAUAUUAUAGUAUUAGUUCAUAUUCAUAGUUCAAUAGUUUCCUUACUGAAAUGGAAGGAGAGUAAAGGGAGUUGAAUGAGACAGGAAUGGGAGACUGUGGACCCUUUGCUGAUGCAGAUGGUUUCCUGAGUAUUGGCUGAGUGAUUGCCGAUCAUUUCUGGAGUGAAUGACCACUAUGCCUUAUUAGAGUCUUGUUCUUGCUAACCUACCUGGGGCAGCUCCAGGGGAUAUAUAAACAACCCCUUUUCCAAAAAAACAAGAUCAACAAGCAAGGAAAAAGGAGUUUGAACAAAGUCAAGAGGAAAGCACAGGGAGAUAUCUGCGUUCUCUUCUUUUCUAUUUCUUUCCAUCAGUACUACCGGUAGGUAAUCAUUUGCUAGAAAGAUAACUUUUGAGAACUUGCAACCAAAACUCAGCUGUACAUCUCCACCCCGAACCACCCCAACGAAGCCGUUGAUGUGAUGACUCGGUGCCUUGAGGCCGUGCGGGUCUGGAUGGGGACGAACAGACUUCGGCUCAACCCAUCCAAGACAGAGUGGCUGUGGAUACCAGCGUCCCGGCACAGUCAGCUAACUCCAUUGCUAACUGUGGGGGGUGAAUUGUUGGCCCCCAGGGAAUCGGUGUGCAAUUUAGGCGUUCUCCUGGAUGCACGGCUGUCUCUGGAAGACCAUUUGACAGCCGUCGCCAGGGGAGCUUUUUAUCAGGUUCACCUGAUUCGCCAAUUGCGCCCUUUCCUGGAUCGGGAUUCGUUAUGCACAGUCACUCAUGCCCUCGUUACUUCCCGUCUGGAUUACUGCAAUGCUCUCUACAUGGGGCUCCCCUUGAAGAGCACCAGGAGGCUCCAACUGGUACAGAAUGCGGCCGCACAGGGGAUUGAGGGAGCUUCUCGUAGCUCCCAUGUAACACCUCUCCUGCGUAGGCUGCACUGGUUACCGGUGGUCUUCCGGGUGCGAUUCAAGGUCCUAGUUAUCACCUUUUAAGCGCUCCAUGGCAUGGGACCGGGAUAUCUAUGGGACCACCUGCUGCCGUCAGUUACCUCCCAUCGACCAGUGCGCUCUCAUAGGGAGGGCCUCCUUAGGGUGCCGUUGGCCAACCAAUGUCAGCUGGCAGCCCCCAGAGGAAGAGCGUUCUCUGUGGGAGCUCCGGCCCUAUGGAAUGAUCUACCUGUGGGACUUCGUCUUCUCCCUGAUCUUCGGACCUUUAAGUGCGAGCUCAAAACCUUUUUCUUUCAUCAAGCGGGGCUGGCCUAAUGACUAAUUUUAAUAUUGAGGGUUUUUAGGGGUUUUUUUAAGGGGCUUUAAUAUAUUUAUUAUUUUUUAUUCUACAAUUUUAACAUGCAGCGUAUUGAAUU